AGCUUUUGGAGCAGCGCACCGAGAGCUACUGAAACAACAACAAACCAACUGCAAAAUCAAAUCAUUCGAUUAUCAUCAUGAAGGUCUUUGUCUGCUUGCUAGCCACCUUGGCUCUGGCUAAUGCCGGACAACGCGGAGGUGCAGGAGGCGGUGGCUAUCUGCCAGGCGGAGGACACGGCGGUGGCGGCGGCGGUGGUGGUGGCUUCAGAAAUGGUGCCGGACUCAUUUCGCAUGUCUCGCAGUCUCACGGCAACACAAAGGUGCACAUUGGUGGUGCUGGAGGUGGAGCUGGAGGCCAUGGCGGUGCCGGAGCCUACGGCGGCGGCGGCGGUGGUGGUGGUGGCUGGCAGGGUGCCGGUGCUAGUGCUGGUGCUGGUGCUGGCGGCUGGCAGGGCGCCGGUGCUGGCGGUGGACGCGGAGGCUAUGGUGGUGGCGGUGCAGGAGCCGGUGGCUGGCAAGGAGCAGGUGCUGGUGGCGGACGCGGCGGCGGCGGCUAUGGCGGUGGUGCAGGUGCCGGUGGCUGGCAGGGAGCAGGUGCUGGUGGCGGACGCGGCGGCGGCUAUGGCGGUGGUGCUGGUGCUGGCGCUGGUGGCUGGCAAGGUGGUGCUGGAGGUGCCGGCGGCAAUGCUUGGGGCAAUCCAGCCUCUUUCGACUAUUCUGUGAACCAUGGCGCUAGCUCCUCCGUCGGUGGCGGCUCUCGCGGUGGUGCUGGCUGGUGGAACGAUUAAGAAUACUCGCAUUGCAAAACAAAUUUGAUAACCGAAACGAAUAAAUAAUUGCU